UCAGGUGGGACCAAGUGGAGACGCAUUUGAAAAGAGGACCGUUGCUGGCCGUUUCACGUGGGACCCACAAGGCAACCGUUGGAGCUCAACCCCAUUUAAAAUCCCUGAUCGCGCGGCGGAGCUCGCAGCGGUGAGAAGAAAUCGACGGGGUUGGAGAAGGGCCCUCGCAGAGGUGCGGCGCGGGCGACUGAGAGGGCCUUGUUGACGGGGAGCGCCGCCGACGGCGGGAGCUGCGGAGGGCGCAGCCGUCUGCCAGAAGCACCUCACGGUUCAGAUCCCGCGCCACCUCUAUCCAUGUCUUCUUCUAGCUCCCGUGCCACCUCUCGGUUCGAGCUUCCGGUGCGCAUGGAGAUGCCGAUCCUCCUCUGUCCGCGGUGCCGGGCGCCCGUUGAUCGGAGGAUUUCGCGCACACCGAAGAACACCAAUCGUCCGUUCUACGUGUGCAGCAGCGAGAAAGGGAUAAAAUGCUUCUUCGUUUGGGUCGAUGUUUUGCUCCAGACGCUGAUGAAUCAGCUGCUAGAUGAGCACGAAGAAUGGUUGCCCAUCUUGCCACAGACGACACGGGUCGCCGCGAUAGCUAGUGCAGAAGAGACGCAGGGCGGAGCAUGCAUUGACAGAGAGGUAGCUUUUGAGCUAAGGUGGAUGAACCAGAAGAUUAGAGAGCUCGAAGAUCAAUCAAAAAUUUGGAAUUACAUUUGUGCAUUUGUAGGUGGUAUUGUCAUCGCACUAGGUUUAAUGUUGACAUUGUAUGGAAAGGCAUGAAUUUGUGAUGAA